UUCGCCUGGUAACAGAGAAAGCGUCGCUAGGAAGUGAAUAGUGCGAUGAGUUCGCGGCAAAAAAAUAGCUUUUUUGAGGCAAUCUACAACGAAAGUUUACGAAUACCGGGAACGGGAGUACAGUUUAUCUGUGAGAAGAAGGGAGUAAAGUUGUCUAAUUUAUCACAAUUAUGCGUCGUCGAGUACUAGCUAGCUCAUUCACAUCUCGUGGCAUGAGAGAUAAAACAAGAUUAAGUUAGCAAGCUAGCUAGCCAGCAGCUAGCUAGCUUAGUAGUCAUAGUCAAUUACGCACCCCAGCUGGGCAGCAGAAGGUGGUUGACAGUUGAAGAAUAACACUACCCUAAUCUGCUCAUAUGGGUUGGGGACCUGGGUGGUAGCUCUGCUUGCUUCCACAGCCAGGUUGUUCUGACACAAACAUGGGGAAACUUCAGAGCAAGUUCCGAAGGUCACGCUCUGAACUGUACAGGGCGACCAAAGGUGAUGGCGAGGAUGCUGCUGUUAGUCAGGUGAUACAGUAUGAACCCGCCCACCGUGAUGCCGUCAACUGUGUCACCAACCUGACCUCAGACCUCUGUGUGUCUGGAGGAGGUGACAUGGCAGUGGUUGUGUAUGACUGGAGAGGAGGGAAGUUAUGUCAGUCAUUCCAAGGUCACAACAGAGAGGUUACCAAGGUGGAGUGUUUUCCUGGAAGCACUUGGAUCUUUAGUGCGUCUCGAGACAAGAGUGUUAUGAUGUGGGAUCUCAACCAGGGGGACGAGCCCAUCCAGGAGUUCUGUGGCCAUGAGCUGGUGGUCAACGGGCUGGCCGUCAGUCCAGAUGGGUCGAGGCUGUGUACUGGUUCCCGUGACAACUCCAUGUGCCUCUGGGACAUUGAGUCUGGCGAGCGUGUGCAUAAGAACACAGUCUCCAGAAACCUGGUUACUCACGUGUGCUGGGUACCUGAGAGCUGCUGCAUCGUUCAGACAUCCGAGGAUAAAACCAUCAGGGUGUGGGACAGUCGUACCUGGCAGGUCACUAACACGUUCCCAGCCAAGCAAUACAUCCAGACACACUGUGACAUCAGCGCCAACGGUAACCACCUCCUGUCCAGCAGCAAUGGCUUCGGAGGCCAAGGCUGUGAGGCUACGCUUUGGGACCUCAGGCAGCCUGGCUGUAAGGUGGUGGAGUACCGGGGCCAUCGCGAGACCACCGCUUGCUGUGUGUUCCUGCCCUCCAGCCCCGGGGGCCCUGCGCUCGUAGCGUCCUCCUCUCAUGACUGCUCAGUCAAAAUCUGGGAUCAAAACACUGCAGCCUGUCUGACCACUCUGACCCUGGAUGGAUCAGGUCCUUUGGUGUCUUUGGCCCCAAGUGACUCCAGCAGUCUGCUGUGUGCCAGCUUUAACACAGGGCUCCACAUACUCCACCAUCACAAGGAUGGGCUGGACCUAAAGGAGGUGGCGCGCUUCUGAUGAGGGCACAGGACCGGUGCCGGCACGGUAACCCGAAAACCCAUUACACUGUGGGCCACACAGACCUCCAAGCCAGCGGGGCCCUUUAAGUCAGAUGGACCCGAUCAGGAGACACUAUCCCUGGGUCAACUGAUGGGAGAAGACCCCUGCGAGUCAUUCUAAAUCAGGGCGAGCCCUAGACAUUGUACUCAGAGCAUCAGGCGAGGCCCAACUGCUUCGGGACAACAGAAAUGUUUUGGAUGUUUGGAGACUAAGUGGAUAGUGAUAGCUUUAGCACGUACAAUUAGCCAAAUUAAGUAGACAAUUGUGGAAUCGUUAAUCAGAUAGUUUAGGAAAACCUGUAACCACUAUAAAACAGAGCGGGCAGAUAAAUCAUGAAUCGUUUAGAGCAGGGGUGUAUUCACUAGGAACCAAACGGGCCUGAAACGUGGAGGGACUAAUCCUGAACUUGUCCAAUAAGAGCAAAUGUUCAUGGCAAAAUAUUCAGUUGCAAAAAUGCAUUUUGCUUCGGUGUGCACUAAUGAAUAUACCCCAGUCGUGUCCAAACUCUAAUAAAGUGUCUACAUCA